GCUUAAAAAGGUCGGUUCACAAUGCAUCCAAUCUGUAUAAAUCGAGAGGCGAUUCAAGCGCAAAAGCUCCAAUUCUAUAUCGUUCUUUAUUGGCCGAUAAUGGAGUCUCAUUUGAUUUCGAGGAACCUCGGUCCGACCCUUAUCAUUGUAUGGAUUCUAUGCGCGCGUUCCAGCGCGUUUCCGGGCGAUCACUUGUCUCUGAAGUCCGACCAGAGAAGCAUAAUGGAAGACAGAUACGAGAGCUGGCUGGCGAGAUACAACCGGACAUACAAAAGUAGAUUUGAGCAAAUGCUGCGGUUCCAGAUUUAUCAAGCCAAUGUCUUGUACGUCGACUUCAUCAACGGGCUACGGUUACCGUUCGAGCUCACCGACAACAGAUUCGCGGACAUGACAAACGUGGAGUUCAAAGCGACCUACCUGCGUUUUCACAGGAGGAUGAACCAGAGGACUGACAUGGAGGCUAACGCUACCGGCGGCACCAGCAUAGAUGCGCCGACGAGUUUUGAUUGGAGGAAGGAAGGCGCCGUAACUCCGGUCAAGGAUCAAGGCCAAUGUGGAAGCUGUUGGGCUUUUUCGGCCGUGGCGGCCGUUGAAGGCCUCAACAAGAUCAAGACGGGGAAGCUCGUGUCUCUAUCGGAGCAGGAGCUCAUGGACUGCGACGUCGGGAAGCAGAACCAAGGCUGCAGUGGCGGAGCCAUGGACACCGCCUUUUCCUUCAUCGAAAGCAACGGGGGCAUCACUUCGGAGUCCAAUUAUCCUUACCGAGGACAGGAAGGAUCUUGCGACAAGGCCAUUCUCAGGAACCACGCGGCCACAAUAAGCGGAUACAGUAACGUGCCCGCGGACAACGAGGCCAGCCUCGAAGCCGCGGUGGCCCGCCAGCCGAUCUCUGUCGCCAUCGACGCUGGCGGGCUGGACUUCCAGCUGUACUCUAGGGGGAUUUUCAUGGGCGCUUGCGGACACGACCUGAACCACGGGGUCGCCACGGUCGGGUACGGGGCGGAGGGCCAGAGGAAGUACUGGAUCGUGAAGAACUCGUGGGGGCGCGACUGGGGCGAGGACGGCUACGUGAGGAUGCUGAAGGAUUCGCCAGAUCGGCGAGGCGUGUGCGGGAUCGCGAUGGACGCGAGUUAUCCCGUGAAGGGUUGAGAGUACAAAGGUGGGAUCGGCGUUGGAGCUUUUACCUUCUUCUGCAUAGACUCAUAUUCAUGCGGUAUUAUGAUUAUGUCGAACUGAAAUGAUCGUACUGAAGAGCAGAAUACGUGGCUGUCCUAUU